AUGGAUCACCCAAAUACCCCGUCUCGGCCGCCCGACUACAGCUUUCACACUUACGACGACGACCAUGAUACACCCAACGGCACCAGUUCAGCAGCCGUCAGACUAUUGACCUCGGUGGAAUCUCCCAUGGACGAGUUCAGACAGUAUGUACCCGAGAAUCGCUCAAUUACCCGCCUUUCAUCACAGCCGCCGCGUUGUCCCUCGCAGUUUUGGCCGGCAACCAGGCAGAAAUCAGUCACAGUUCCAUCCGAUGAUGUCCUGCGUCAAGAUCAAGACUCGCGCUGUACUACGCUCGCAAACCAGUCACUUCCACAAUCACAACCCAAAACCCAAAUUCCGCCCUUGUCCAAACUGCCCAUCAGACCAAGCGUUGCAAAGCUGCACAAGAAACCAAAUCUCAACAUCUCCAACACACAAUUACCCGCCUUCAAUUUGCCUGCAAAGCUGCCACAGGCUCUUCCGAAGCUACCGAAUGGGCCGAGCGAGCGCUUUCUGCUCCAACAGACUUGCCGUAUCUCUACAACGUCGUCGCAAGCUCUGUCCGAAAGAGAAUAUCCUUCAAUCAUAAACUCACCGCUAAAGCUCCAGCGAGCUGAUGGCGAUGCGACCUUGCAACCACCCGCUUUGCCAAGUAGCAGAGGCACUCCCGUCUUCAAGUCACUACCAUACUCUUCAUCAGCAACAAAUUGGCGCUUACAAUACUCUGAUUUUAGUACCUACAGCGAUACUUCGGCUCGAAAAUCGUAUCACGCAUAUCAGCCCAGUGUCACGUCGUCUCCAUCUCGAGAAAGCUCAAUCAAGGACGCAUCGCGAGCUAUGCCUCCCCCGGACUCGACAUACGUGCCCUUUGCCAAUAGAGACGCCGGGUCACCCCAGAGACCAUGGACUCCCUCAUCAAGAGUCUCCGAAUUCUCACGUCCGCCGCCCACCAAUCUCUCAUUCGAGCCCUCCGACUUGAACGGUAGCCCGCGGCCGGGCACACCGUCCUCCAAAUAUGGCGGCAGUCCAAGACGCCCGCUGCCCCCCGCUCCUCUCUUCUCCAACUCAGCUCGCGGCUCGCAGGCCUUUGCCGACGAUGCUACAGUGAACAUUCCCCUAGACGGCGACGAUGUCUUUGGCCCCGGCUCCGACCUCAGCGACUCGCGUCCUCUCCCGACAACUCGCGACUCUUUUCACUCAGAUUCCCAAGAUACUCUUGAUGGGGGGGAUGAGGAGGACUUUGAAAAAGUUGAACGUUAUGGACCUGCGCCCGACGGUGCCCAGGAGCGACGCGGUGUUCGCGCCCCUCAAAUGUCACGAAAGGAAGUCCAGCUCAUCAACGGUGAGCUGGUUCUCGAGUGCAAAAUUCCCACUAUUCUGUACAGUUUCUUGCCGCGGCGUGACGAGGUCGAGUUCACUCACAUGAGAUAUACCGCCGUCACUUGCGACCCUGAUGACUUUGUUGAGAGAGGAUACCAUCUUAGACAAUCCAUCGGCCGAACUACUCGAGAGACAGAACUCUUCAUUUGCAUCACCAUGUACAACGAGGACGAAAUUUGCUUCACACGUACCAUGCACGCUGUCAUGAAGAAUAUUUCACACUUUUGCUCCCGAUCUCGUUCGCGAACUUGGGGCGAGACUGGCUGGCACAAGAUUGUCGUCUGCAUUAUUUGCGAUGGUCGCCCCAAAAUUCACCCCCGUACACUUGAUGCCCUUGCUGCAAUGGGUGUCUUCCAACACGGUAUCGCCAAGAACUUUGUCAACAACCGCGCCGUCCAAGCUCAUGUUUACGAGUACACCACUCAGGUGUCUCUUGACUCGGAUCUCAAGUUCAAGGGUGCUGAGAAGGGCAUUGUCCCUUGCCAGAUGAUUUUCUGCCUCAAGGAAAAGAACCGUGGCAAGCUCAACUCUCACAGAUGGUUCUUCAACGCCUUUGGCCGGGCACUAAACCCCAAUAUCUGCAUUUUGCUCGACGUUGGUACCCGCCCUGGCGGGAAAUCCCUCUACCACCUUUGGAAGGCCUUUGAUACCGACUCUAACGUGGCCGGCGCAUGUGGUGAGAUCAAGGCCAUGAAGGGUAAAUACGGCUCUAGUCUCCUCAACCCUCUUGUUGCUUCUCAGAACUUUGAGUACAAGAUGUCCAACAUUCUGGACAAGCCUCUCGAGUCAGUUUUUGGCUAUAUCACUGUGCUCCCCGGUGCACUCAGCGCCUACCGAUACCACGCUCUGCAAAACGAUGAGCAUGGGCACGGCCCCCUCAGCCAAUACUUCAAGGGUGAGACACUUCACGGCCAACAUGCGGAUGUUUUCACUGCCAACAUGUAUCUUGCCGAGGAUCGUAUCCUCUGCUGGGAGCUGGUUGCCAAGAGAGGCGAGCGUUGGGUUCUGAAAUACGUCAAGGGCUGCACUGGCGAAACCGACGUUCCAGAUUCUGUUCCUGAAUUCAUCUCGCAGCGUCGACGAUGGCUCAACGGUGCAUUCUUUGCUGCCGUAUACUCUCUCGUCAACUUUAGACAGAUUAUUGCCACUGAUCAUACCAUUGCGCGCAAGAUUCUCCUCUACACGGAAUUCAUCUACCAGGGCUGCCAGCUCAUGUUCACCUACUUUUCUCUCGCCAACUUUUACUUGACUUUCUUCUUUGUCGCCGGCGGUUUAACGGAAAAGCAAGUUGAUCCCUUCGGCCACAACAUAGGAACUGUCAUCUUCAUCAUUCUACGAUACACGUGUGUCUUACUGAUUGCUACACAAUUCAUCUUGUCCCUCGGAAACAGACCGCAGGGUGCGAAGAAAAUGUAUUUGGCCAGUAUGAUCAUCUACGCCAUCAUUAUGGCGUAUACUACAUUUGCAGUCCUCUACAUUGUAAUACGCCAGCUGACGGACAAGACGAACUUGCACAAAUUCAAUAUCGGCAACAAUGUUUUUACCAAUUUGAUCGUGUCACUCACGUCGACAGUUGGCUUGUACAUUUUGAUGUCACUGGUGUACCUGGAUCCUUGGCACAUGAUGACUUCGUCCCUGCAAUACUUUAUGCUUUUGCCUAGCUACAUUUGCACGCUGCAAGUGUACGCUUUCUGCAACACGCACGAUAUCACAUGGGGCACCAAGGGUGACAACGUUAUCAAGACGGAUCUCGGUGGCGCGGUUGGCAAGGGCCAGACGGUCGAGCUAGAGAUGCCCAGCGAGCAGCUGGAUAUCGACAGCGGCUAUGAUGAGGCGCUGCGCAACCUUCGUGAUCGUGUUGUCGUUGCCAAACCCGGCAUUAGCGAGUCGCAGCUUCAGGAAGACUACUACAAGAGCGUGCGCACCUACAUGGUUGUAACGUGGAUGGUAGCCAACGGUAUCCUUGCCAUGGCCGUGUCGGAAAUCUACAGCAACAAGGGCAUUGGCGACAACUUUUACCUGCGCUUCAUCCUGUGGAGCGUCGCGGCCCUGGCUGUGUUCCGCGCUAUCGGCUCCACCACAUUUGCCAUAAUCAACCUUGUCAACAUGAUUGUUGAAGGCAGAAUGCGGAUGAGCCUCAAGGCACCCAAGUGGAUGGGCGGCUGGGGCGAAAAGAUGAGCGAAGCAGCGAGUAGCAUCGGUAGCAGCAUCGGCAGCAGCGUCAGCAGCGUCGGCAGCAGCUUGAAGCGUUGA